GUUCGAUUGUCUGAUCAAAACCCUGAUAUAGUCUACAUCGCGCAUUCUCUGAUAUCCUGUCUGCGUGUCACCUGAUACUCCUGAACUGGCCAUUCACGCUGCCUGUAAAUUCAACAGGAUCUGUAAACCUAGCGUAUCACAGAUAUAUUGGGAGCAUCAGCGAUACGGUCUUAUGAUAUUGAUUCUCUGCAGCAAGGCCCGCGAGUGGGGCGACCAGUCAAGGAGCAAGUUAUCCCUUUUCCACUCUCUGCUAUCCGCUUUGGAGAGCGCGGGCCCGAACGCGGCACGUCCCGUCCCGCACCUGUUCAGGUCGCAGCCUCUGACCCCUGGCCCAAGGGCUUGGACAUCGUCACGGAGGGCAUCGAUCCUUCAUGUAUGUUGGGAGCUUGUGCGGUCGGUAAUGCAGGAAGGAAGUCGUUCCCGAAAGAAAUCAGAAUGGAUCAUGUCAGCAGGUUGUUUCGACGAAGACCCUGGAUGGAUCGAUUCGUAGGAGCGAUAUAGUGGGGCUCGUUUGCAGCAGCGGAAAUGAGCGUGGGUGAGA